AUGGCCGGAGAGAAAGACGAUGACUGUCAACUAUCCCUGUCAUUGAGUCUCCGGUGCCCGGAGAUCACCCAAUCACCGGCCACUUCACCCUUCCACCUCUCCUCUUUGUUCCACUCCUCCUCAUUCGACAUCAUUAAUUAUAAUAAUAAUAAUGAUCAAAUACUUCAAUCAUUUUCCGAUACUGAAAAUGUUGGAAAGAGGUCUGAUCUUGAUGUGAAUGUACUGCCGCCGGAGAAUGAAGCAGUGGACGGCGGUGAUGGGGAGGCGAGGAAAAAGCUCAGGCUGUCCAAAGAACAGGCCGCCGUGUUGGAGGAGACAUUCAAAGACUUCAUCACUCCUACUAUGAAACAAAAAAUGGGAUUAGCCAAGCAAUUGAACUUAAGGCCACGACAGGUUGAAGUAUGGUUUCAGAACAGAAGAGCAAGGACGAAGUUAAAGCAAAGUGGAGAAGACUUGGAUCAUCUAAUGAGUUAUCGAGAUGUGUUGAAAGAAGAGAACAAGCAAUUGCAGAAAGAAUUGAAGGAGCUUCGAGGAAUGAAAAUGAAGACAUGUCAACUUAAUCCACAAAUGAACCAACUUGCUAGUUCUACUACCCUUAUUAUGUGCCCUUCUUGUGAACGUGUUAAUAAUAAUAAUAAUAAUAAUAAUAAUAAUAAUAAUAAUGGCACUAGACUAAUGAGGACAACGGCCAAAUUGGCUAACACAAAUCACCAAGUGAGACGACAUUCCAGUUGUCUCAACCUCCAGAGUUAA